UGAUAGCAGAAGCAGUAAAAAACUAAACAGCAAAGCAAACAACCGACACAGCAGUCGACGCCGAUAAAUCUGUUUCAAUCCUUAAUUCUAUUUGUCUGUAUUUGUUUUCUAAACGUCGACAGAUGUGCGAACCAUAAGUCAGUUCAAUGACGUGGUCUUUGGCGCGUCAGCUGCAAAUGCUAGGGAAACCCUAGUUCUUUCCUUCAGCGAGUAGGAAACUAGAGUUCCUUGGUUCAUUAACCACUGAUUUUCGAGUUUUGGUGAUAAGCAACCUUAAAUAUAUAUCAACAAUAAUAAAUACUUUUUUAAAACAGAGACAAACAUGGCUUGUUUUUCUUGCAUUAUGGACCCAUUGUGGAUUGCCAUUAAAGUUUUGACAAUCCUGCUGCUCCUGUUGUUGUGUGUUUUAAGUGUUGUAUUGCCAGUUAUGAUUGUAACUUCAAGAAAGCAUUUUAGAAAAAAGCGGGAAAUGGAAAGUAAUAGUGAUAAACCAAUCAGCGUUGCAUUUUUCCAUCCAUACUGUAAUACUGGAGCUGGUGGUGAAAGAGUUCUCUGGUGUGCUGUUCGUGCUUUACAAACGAGGUAUCCUGGGACCAAAGUGGUAGUUUAUACAGGAGACCUAGAAGCCUCUCCUGAAGAAAUUAUUAACAGAGUUCGUCAGCGACUCAAUAUUGAAUUGCCAGAGCCAGUUGAAUUCGUUUAUCUUCAUAAACGUGGUUGGGUUGAGGCAGAUAAUUAUCCUACCUUUACUCUGUUAGGGCAGAGUUUAGGAUCAUUGAUUCUUGGAAUGGAAGCCCUUAAUGCAUUCUUGCCUGAUGUGUAUCUAGACACAAUGGGAUAUGCUUUUACACUUCCACUCUUUCGUUACAUUGGGGGUUGUCGUGUUGGCUGUUACACACAUUACCCUACAAUUUCAACUGAUAUGCUACGUCGAGUAUCAAGUCGCAGUAUUCAGUACAAUAAUAGUCACUAUGUUGCGCGAAGCCCAUUCCUUACUGGAGGAAAGAUCAUCUACUAUAAAAUGUUUGCAUGGAUCUAUGGUAUCAUGGGGCGUUGUGCAGAAAUUGUUAUGGUCAACUCCAGUUGGACUGAAGAACAUAUUAAUGAUAUAUGGAAAAUUCCUCUCAAAACACAUCGUGUGUACCCACCUUGUGACACUGAGGACCUGAAGAAAGUGCCAAUUCCAAUUGCAGAUGAUGAAGAUUUCCUUAUCUCCUCCCAAUCAGGUGAUGUCAAGAACGAAAUGGGAAAGAAACUUAUUAAGAUUGUUUCCGUUGGUCAAUUCAGACCAGAAAAAGAUCAUCCAUUACAAUUGCGUGCAAUGUAUCAGCUCCGUCAAUGUGUUUCAGAAGAACUGUGGGACAGGAUCUGCUUAGUAUUUGUGGGAUCAUGCAGAGGUUCUGCUGAUGAAGCACGAGUGAAAGACAUGAAAGAUCUGUGUCGACACCUCUCCCUUGAAAACAAUGUCGAGUUUCGUGUCAAUGUGCCAUAUGAUGAAUUGAAAAAGGAGUUACAGGAGGGAACAAUUGGUCUUCAUGCCAUGUGGAAUGAACACUUUGGAAUAGGAGUUGUAGAGUGUAUGGCAGCAGGGCUAAUAAUGAUAGCCCACCGCUCAGGAGGUCCUCAAAUGGAUAUUGUCAUUGAAGAAGAAGGGAGUCGGAAUGGUUUCCUAGCAGCUGAUGAAAAUGAGUUUGCCAUUGCCAUAGUAAAAAUACUGAGGAUGGCCUCAAAAGAGCGCCGUUCUAUCAGGGAAGCUGCCAGAUCUUCUGUGGAUCGGUUCUCAGUGAAAGAGUUUGAAAAAGGAUUUUUACGAUCAACUGCACCAUUUUUUAAUCAGAUCUCAACUUGAAUUUUUUUUUUUCCCCAGAGCACUACCUUAUUUGUUUGAUUGUAAGUUUUAACAAGUCAGUAACUCCUUCAAUUUUGAGAUUUCAUUUAGAAGAAAAAUAAAAAGUACAAUGUAUUGAUCUAGCAUACCAACGAUCUGUGUAGAAACGGGUUGCGCUAAGUUUUUUCCUCUUUAAUUAAUAAAUGUAGAGUUUAAACUUGCAAGAUUUACUUUUAA